GUAAAUCAUUGAUAACGGUCGUGCGCACGCGCUUAGUAAAAGAGGACAUAAAUUUGUUAAAAAGUAGAGGAAUAGAAGGACCAAAAUUGCAUAUCUGGUCUUUUGAGUCGAAAAACUAAAUACGUAAGUGAAUAAAACUAGUAUGAAACGCAUUAAGAUAUGUGCUAUUACAAGAAGAAACUAGGUAGACUUUACGUAGGUGAAAAUGUUCCGGUACCAAAUUAUGGUAGUAAUUCUUCUUGAAGUAUUUCUCGAAUGUUCUGGAGUCGGUGAGAAAGCGUACAAUGCCUGCAGAGGCUACGGACAAUAUAUGCUGGAGUGCCACAACGUACUCUUCCCAACGUUAAGAGUAAGAGUCCCAGUAGACUACCUAUUAUACCCUCACAUGGUUUUAAUAGGCUUUCGCCAAUCACCGUCAGAGCCACCAGCAUGGAAGUGCGGUGGAAGUUUGAUCAGCGAUCAAUGGGUGCUAACAGCAGCCCACUGCACCGAAGACAGAGACGCAGGACCAGCUAGCACCAUGAGAAUUGGAACAGCAACCUUCGAAUUUGACGAAGUCGAUGACCUAGUUCAAGAAAGAAAUGUGACGGAGAUAGUAUCCCAUCCAGAAUACAAACCUCCUUCUAAGUACCAUGACAUAGCAUUGAUGAGAGCUGGGCCUCCAUUUACUCUUAAUCGGGACAUAAGGAUUGCUUGUCUACACCGAGGGGAAGACAUAAGCAAAUUGAAUCUAACCGUCAUAGGAUUUGGGAAGACCGCAUCCAGUGCUACCUAUGGCAGUCAAACAUUGAUGAAAGUCGACGUUGAUCUCAUAGACAGGGAAGUUUGCAACCGUUCAAUGAAGUUUCUGAUCAAGAAGAAGAUCUUGGCUGAAGGGAUAACUGAGGAUCAGAUUUGUGCUGGUGAUUAUACCCACGGAGGAAGAGAUACGUGUCAAGGAGACUCCGGAGGCCCCAUGCAAGUGAUGGAAGAAAGGGUGGACUGUUUCAAUAACUUUCCUUUGCAUACUAUUGUGGGAGUGACCUCGUUUGGGAGGGAUUGUGGGAGGAAGAUGAGCCCUGGCGUGUAUACCAGGGUUUCAAAGUAUUUGGAAUGGAUUGAAGGCAUUGUGUGGCCUGGUUAGUGAUGUGUGCUGUUUGAGAAAAUUCAGGUAUACGUAUUUGAUGUUAUCUGUAGAAUUUAUUACACUAUUUAUGUUAAAUAUCGUUCUAUUUGCUUUUAUUUCUCCUAACAUAAUCUGAUUUUACAGUAAGAAUUUAUAUCGUAUAAAAAUAUAAGACCGAGAUUAUCUGGUUUAAGAAAGUAACAUUUUCUAUUUUAUAAAAUAUUUUCAACUUAGUGAUGCAAGACAAGAGAUGGAAUAAAAUACAAUGCACAUUCGAUACAAAACUUUGAACUCACGACCCGAUAGUCAGUCAACCGCAUCUUACAAAAACUGAUCCAGUGCCAUAAAAAACUUCAAAUCAUCUUCUUCUGCUCACGACAGAAACCUUACCACUAUAUUAUUUACUGAACACGAACAUA